UUAAUGGUGUAACAAUGUCCAGUUUCUGUUGACUAAUUGGGGCAGAAUUGUAACAGAAAAGUAUUCUCUACUAAGAAAUUCGUGUGAGCGAACGGCAUCUAGAUACCCAAACCUGAAGUGAUAGUGUUAAUUUCCAGUGUUGAAGAUGUCCGCUGCUUAUACAAUUCGUGUGCGCAAAUUUUUGUCAAAUCCUCUUUUAGAAAGGAAACAGUUUGUUUUGGAAGUCUUACAUCCUGAAAGAGCAAAUGUUUCGAAGUCAGAACUGAAAGAGAAAUUAAGCAAAUUAUUCAAAGUCGCCGAUGAUAAAUGUAUUAUUCUUUUUGGAUUUCAAACAGCUUUCGGUGGUGGACGUAGUUCAGGUUUUGGUCUUAUUUAUGAUUCGUUAGCUUCAUGUCAAAAAUUUGAAAAGCGUUAUCGUUUGGUGCGUUGUGGUGUCGCUUCUAAGCGUGAAAACGUUGUUGGUCGUCGUGCUAAGAAAGAUAUUAAGAAUCGUCAGAAAAAAGUUCGCGGAACUGAAAAGGCAAAGCUAGCCGUUUCGGGUAAAAAGUAAUCAUAUAAAUCUUUCACUUUUUUGCUUGUCGAGUUUUUUUUUUCUUCGGUUUGUUUGAAUGUAAUCUUUUAUGUAAAUAAAAUUAAAUUUGUUUUGCUUCAAAAUAAAAUUUGUAUCAAAAAAGAGUGAAA